CCAUCUCUUCUUUUCAUCGUUUUCACACCCACACCGUGUCUCUCAUCUCACACUCUCUCGCCAUCGCCGCGAGUUUUAAUCUUGAAGGGAGGAAUUGAAGUCCUAAAAAGUUUCAAAUUUUGGAAGGAGUGAAGAUGGGUCAGAUCCAGUACUCAGAUAAAUACUUCGAUGAUACAUAUGAGUAUAGGCACGUGGUUCUCCCUCCUGAAGUGGCUAAACUGCUUCCCAAGAAUCGGCUUCUCUCUGAGAAUGAGUGGCGUGCGAUUGGGGUACAACAGAGUCGAGGGUGGGUUCAUUAUGCUAUUCAUCGCCCUGAGCCACACAUCAUGCUCUUCAGGAGGUCUCUAAAUUAUCAGCAGCAGCAGGAGAAUCAGGCUUAGCACAAUAUGCUUGCUUAAAUGGGCAUUUUGCUCUUUGAUACCUGAAAAUUGGGUUGAAAUUGAUGCUGUUUAGGAGUUUAUGUUCAUAAACAGUUUGCCAUUGUGGGACUUGACUGUAUCUUAUUCUCCUAGUUAGUACUGAGAAUUUCAUAUUAAGAUUGCUCAUCCCUUGCCCGAGUAUGUUGAUGACAUAAUGGUACCAGGAAUGUGUGUGUUUUGCCCUAUUUUCUGGUACUGUAGAUUUAUUUAUUUUCCUUUUGGAUGGAGUUCUGAUUGAUUUUGUUGUUUACUUAUGUGGGUUUGUUUUUCUUUAAAGACAUUGUUAAAGGAAUAUUUGGCUACCAAGAAUAACUCCUCUUUUGUACCUGGAACUGAAACUUGUUUUGCUUUCUUUACUCUUCCAUGAAGGGAAUAUCAAAUAUGAGCAACAAUUUGCUUAUUCAUUAAUGUGACCUAACUUUUGAUUACAUCAGACAUUAGGUAGGAGCACUAAAAACCAGACAGAGAACAAGAAAAGGCAGGAAUUACCAGAUCAGAAAAAACUACAAACUGGAUCCAGAUUCCAGAUGAAGCCAUUUUCUGCAGAAACUCGUACAUUUAGACCUUGGAAUCGCAAUGUAACUGAUACAUGGUCAUCCAAAAAGUAAAAAUUGCCAAAGGAUUUUGGUUGCCCUGUGGGAAGAAAAUCCCAUCACGAAAAGCCAGUUACAGAAAUGCAUACUCAACCAAUCCUCCCACCACUUCCCCCGUGGUGGGAGUGGCAGUAGGCAACGACUCUCCUGGAUGGGAAAUAGCUAUCAUGAUUCUACUCUAAUAUAUGAUUUUUUUUUUUUGGCUGUUGUAGAGAUGACUUCAGGAGAGGGCUUUAUAUAUAGAAGAUUGUGGAAUUGAGGGUUUCUUCUCCAAUGGGUUAGCUACUAGCUAAUGACAGCAUCUUCCAAGGGAUAUGCGGCGACCAACUCCAUUGCUCCACAUUUGGUCAGGCCUAGCUUUUUGUUUUUGCCUUGUUGCUCUUCUUUCCUUUUGUCUGCCUAUAUAUUAUAAUACAACUUAGGUGCUUUC